GAUCAACACCCACUCCGUGGUUCCCAACCUCCCUCCAUGUCCUCCACAAUAUACAACCAUAGGAGCUUGCAACCUACGGUUCCGCCUGCGCAAGGGCCAAACCAGCACAGUCAUGUCAGGCUUAAUGAGGCUGUCGAUACCAUCCGUCAAGAAUUCGAUGUUAUCUCCUCUGACCUCGGUAUCCUUCGCAAUCAACGAGACGAGUAUGAAUCCAAAGUCACUUCACAAAUAAACGAGCUGAACAUCGUUCGCCAGUCAUUGUAUGAGCUGGAAUCUCAACAUGGCAAGAUUCGACAAACAUACGAAGAGGAGUUGAGUCGCCUCAGAACAGAGCUCCAUGCACUUCGCCAGGGUGUACCAGCAGGAGCUCCCCAUCCGCCCGUCGGUCCUGCUUCAGUUGGACCCUCUGGUCCACCCGCCCCUCCGCCUGCAGUCCCUGGUGUGCCUCCAGGCCCUGGGUACAACGAUCCUUACUACAAUCGAGAUCGCGAUCGGGAACGCGAGCGGGAAAAAGACCGCGAACGUGCCGAUCGUGAACGCGAACGCGAAAUACGUGAGCGACAACGAGAGGAGCGCGACCGCGAACGCGAACGUCCACCAGCGGAGGCUCGAGAUUCAAAGCGUAUCAAGACGGAGCGUAUGAAGGGUGAUACUCGUCCAGAUCAUUAUAGUCCUUCUCUUCAACCCCCGAACGCAAAGCUUCCCCCUGCACCUGGAGCACCUCCAGCGUUGACUACUUUCCAAGGCCCAGGUCUUCCACCACCACCUGCCGCCCAUGCACCAUAUCCACCCGGGCCCGGAAAUCCGCCACCUGCCGGCCCAGCAGAACCACCAACAGCCAGCUCAAGCGCCCUCGUGCCUAUCAACAACAGCCAAAGUGGUGUGGGGCAGUUUCCGGACGACCUCGACCCACACAAUGUUCCUCCCGAACUGAAAAAGGAAGGCAGUGACUGGUUCGCGGUAUUCAAUGGCAAAGUCAAGCGCGUGUUAGACGUGUCACUGGUGCACACGCUCAUGCACGAGAGUGUUGUGUGUUGUGUGCGGUUUUCUGCAGACGGCAAGUACCUCGCCACCGGCUGUAACCGCACGGCCCAGAUCUACGACACAAAGACGGGCGUAAAGACGUGCGUCCUUACAGACGAAUCGGCUGGAAAGGCAGGUGAUCUGUACAUCAGGAGUGUUUGUUUCAGCCCCGAUGGGAAGUUUCUUGCAACGGGCGCUGAAGAUAAGCAAAUCAGAAUAUGGGAUAUUGCCAAGAAACGCAUCCGCAACGUUUUCGAUGGACACCAGCAAGAGAUUUACUCCCUUGACUUCUCCUUAGAUGGCAGACUUAUCGUCUCGGGAUCGGGCGACAAGACUGCCCGUAUCUGGGACAUGGUCGAUGGGUCCUCUAAAGUGCUCACGAUCAAUGACGCAGACCCUGUCAACAACGACGCGGGCGUGACCUCCGUCGCUAUCUCACCAAACGGCCAACUUGUCGCGGCUGGUAGUCUUGACACUGUUGUGCGCAUCUGGGAUGUAGGAACGGGCUCGCUCAUCGAGCGCCUGCGGGGUCAUAGGGACAGUGUCUACAGCGUUGCGUUCACGCCCGACGGCAAGGGACUUGUGAGCGGUAGCUUAGAUAAGACUCUCAAGUACUGGGACGUCAGUGGUCUUCUCGCCAAGCGCAAGGAAGUAGCCGCCAAUGGGAAGAAAGACGAUAAGGGCAGCCAGUGCACAAUGAACUUCUUGGGCCACACGGAUUACGUGCUCUCUGUUGCUGUGUCGCAUGAUGGGCAGUGGGUUGUGUCAGGGUCCAAGGACCGCGGUGUCCAGUUUUGGGACUCGCACACUGCGACAACGCAGUGCAUGCUCCAAGGCCACAAGAACUCUGUUAUCUCUAUCGAUUUGAGCCCCGCAGGCAGCAUCUUGGCUACGGGCAGUGGUGAUUGGCAGGCGCGGAUUUGGAGCUACACCAACAUCUAAUUCAUACACCGGUGCGGAGUCCACUUCUAUUCCUGCAGCGCAACGAUGCACAUUCGCAUUUAUAUGUACUUGAUUUCUUUGCUUUAUUCGUGUAGCAUGUGGGCCCUUUGCCCCUCCUUGCUGUUUCCGCUGCUCUCCCAGCAUCCUUUCUGCGGGUUUCUGUGCUUCUGCUGUGAAUGGCUUAUUGGUAUUCGCGCCUUGUUACUUUUGUGUAAUGUACUUGUUGUUAGCCUUAUAUGCUGUUGUCUAAUAAUUCAAUAUCUGCUCCAGUA